AAGAGCUCGUGGUUGAGUAUGGAAGUGUAUGACGGUGGGGAAAGCUGUGAGGAGAGAUGUAAAGCUUUAGGAAGGGAGGGGGGGACCUGUCCCCCUGUGUAGGCAGCAAGUGAGCAGAAACAUUUCACCUCUCAUUUGUAGGGCUGAGAAAAAUAAACCAGUGAGUUUUCUCUGCCUGGAUUUUGAUCUCCUCUGUGAGCGCUCAAGGGAAGCCUGACCUGGGAUGGAUUAUUGACCUGAGAAAAGCUAUGUACCUGGAUGACCUUUGCUGUGCUCUUGGAUAGUCUGUAAGAAAAUGUCAUCUUAGGCAAGAGGCAUUAAGUAUUUCACUUUAUUUUUAAGCAAAAGGGAUGACUCAGGUGCCUGAUGACCACCUGUCAACCACCAGCUCCUACAACUAUGAGCAGCCCCUUCCCUCCGUGGCUCGGGCAAGCACGGUCACCAAGGUACCCCCGGCCAAAAAAAUAACCUUCUUCAAAAGUGGAGAUCCUCAGUUUGCAGGAGUCAAGAUGGCCAUCAACCAGCGACGUUUCAAGAGUUUCAAUGCACUCAUGGAUGAUCUCUCUCAUCGGGUCCCACUGCCAUUUGGGGUACGGACCAUCACCACCCCACGAGGAAUACAUUGCAUCAGUGAGCUGGACCAGCUGGAGGAUGGAGGAUGUUACCUUUGCUCCGAUAAGAAAUAUGUCAAGCCUAUUAGCAUUCCUUCUGGAGGACAUAGGCCAGGCCCUCCACGAAGUGGUCGACCCUCCAGUACCUUGAGAAGAGCAGCUCAGGAGAGCAAGAUGGAAGAUUAUUCCACACCUUUCACCCAGCAUGGCCCCAGAAUACCCAAGAAAAUCACUCUAGUUAAGAAUGGAGACAGUGGGUUUCGGCGCUCAAUUAUCUUGAACCGCAGAAAUGCCAGGAGUUUCAGAAGUCUCCUGGAUGAAAUUUCAGAGAUCCUGCAGUACCCAGUGAAGAAGCUCUACACCACUGAUGGGAAGAAGAUUGACAGCAUGCAGGCUCUGCUUCACUGCCCCAACGUGCUGGUGUGUGUCGGCCGGGAGCCAUUUAAACCUAUAUCGAUGGAGAAUUUGAGGAAACACUCGGUGGAGAAGCUGCCUGACCUGGCUCCCCAUUCCAACGGCAACAAUGUCAAUGAAAACAAUGAAAUGAGCUUUGGGUUGAAAGCCAAGAAAAGUGUUAUCCAUCCUCGGUCAGCAUCAAGCAAUAGGUCAAUGAGAUUUUCUUUAUCAUCAGAAAAGUCAUAUCCUAAUGGUCUCAUUACCUCACCAGAUAAUGGUGCACCUUUCUCAAACAGUUUCUCACAUCCGAAACCUGGAGACCUCGUCCAUUCCUUGGUCAGUGACGACAUAGAAAAACGGGUACAUGUGAACAAGGAUGGUAGCCUGUCUGUUGAGAUGAAAGUCCGCUUCCGCUUGUUAAAUGAUGAGACUUUGCAGUGGUCCACCCAGAUCAAAAAGUCCAAUCUGAUGAACCAGAUGCCUUGUGAAGAGUCAGGUGUAGAGGAGGACAGUGGAGUAAACCCCAUACAGAAAAUGAACCCAGAAGCCAGCUCAGAGGCAGAUGAUUCAUUAUAUCCAUGUGAUAUUGAUUCUUACAUGUCAAAAUUUGAGGAAUCAGAAUGUGAUGAGUUUCACUGUCAUAGCUGCGGAAAGAAACACCAGGAUUAUGACAUUUGGAAAAACCCCAUGCACACAUCCCAGAGGGAAGAGCCCAGUGUACGGAGUACCUGGCACACACGGUCAUCAUGCUCCAGCACGUCUUCCCGGAGGAGAGUAGUCCACAAAAAAAUGGCUUCUGUGGAUAGUCUCCAGACCACAUCCAGUGAGGAAUACUCUGAGCACAUUGUGCAAGAGUCAUCCUACUCAGAGACUAUACAGAACAGAGUGUCAUAUAGAUCCAUUAAAAAGUGUACGUGUCGAAGUGAUUUGUCUACAGGUGCUUCCAAUGGAGACGACCAGCAAGAAUACACUCGGACAAGCACAAGCAAUAGUCGGAGACCUUCAUCCUUUGGUUUAAUGUCACAUUCAAGCUGUGAAAACAACGUGGAUACUCGAGGUGGCCCUGAAGACCACGAGGCCAGCAAAACCAAUUCGCAAAAUGAAGAUGAAAAUUGUUUUGAAGUUUCCUCUGUGAAGUGCUUAAAGGAUGAUAUAGAAGAGAUUGAAAGCAACAGAGUUGCGAGUGUCAUGUCAAGGUCAUCUCUGCAUUCCAGACAGAGCAAGAAGAAUGUUUGUAAGGAAACAAGUAACGUGGGUAGGAGCAUGUCCUCCUCAAGCCUUCAGAAGGCAAAUCAAGAAGAUAACACUAGGUGCUCCACUACUGCCAACAGUUUGCACAGCAAGUCUAGUAACUGGAACACACCAAGAGCAAAGAGUGAACGGGAUGACCACUCUGAAGGCAAUGUGGUGGUCUCCUCCUUCUCCAAUGACUCCUGCCCUAAGAAAGAGACUGAAGAAGUUGAAGCAGAACAAGAAAAAAAUGAAAUCAAUGAAGUCAGCUCUGUGUCAACAAAAACAAAGCCCAGCCAAUCAAUUAGAGAUGAGAGCAUUGAAGGUGAAAGAUGUUCUACACAAGAAAUCAUCUAUUCCAGAGCUAGUGACAGGAACAGCAAGAGAAGUGACAGUGAUGAGGUCAUUCAGUGCAAUGCCUCUUGCUCUUCCAGAGGAUCCAAAAAGAGCAAGCACAGCCUUAUUCAUUUGGAUGCACAAUCCGAAAUGUCUGUGUCAUCACUUGAAUCCACUCCAAAUAAAAAGAAUUCCUUGCAGAGAGAUGAUCUGAGAUUGUGCAACAAAGUAUCUAAUUACUCCAAAAGCUCAUGUGAAAUCAAGAAAAAAUCAAGCGGAGACCCCGUAUCUCAUAACUCAGGAUCUUUUCACUCGAACAUUUCAUCUACUAAUGAAACAGAGGCAGUUGCAGGUUUUACUGAUGAGAAAAGCUUGAAAAGUGCCACCAAUGGCUACAGUGAAUCUUCAAAAGGCUCAAAGAAGAGAAGCCAUAGAGAAGAAAAUAGCAAGCCAUCAUCCAUCUGCUCAAGUAUUUCAAACCUUAAUGGAAAAGUCGGAGAGGUUCAUUCCAAGAUUAAUUCAGAGGCCCCUUCUUCAAGACAAGGAAGUGUCAGUGAGAGUAUAUGUUCAAAAGGUGACCACUCAACAGAGACUCAGAUUAGGAACGGAAAUCCUGCAAGUGUCUCUUCAAGAGACUCUUCAAAGUCAGAAGUAAAAGAUAAAUGUUUGUUGACACACAUAUCCCAGGAAAUUCAUGAUAGGUGUUCACAAUCAAACAUAUCUCAAUCUUCAAAAUCAAGGCAGAUAAAAGCUAGAAAUAAUCAUACGAAGAUGUCAAACUCCAGUCAAGCAUCACUGUCUGAGACUUUGUCAGUACAUAGUAUGCAUUGCCCUGCCCCACCAAAAGAGAAGCCAAAGAGCAAAAAGAUACGCUCAACAAUGUUGAAGAAUUCCUCCAUUAGCAACAUAGGUACUGAGUCGGUGCUGACCAUGGGAAAAGAGCAGAAAGAAAUUAUACAUUCCUCCCCAGCAACUUCCUAUGGGUCUAAAUCAGCUGCAACUGAAAUAAAUGAUCAGAAGAAUAAAGAAAUCGAUGAUUCUUGCAACAGAAAAGUGAAUGAACAGUUAGAAGGCACCGGCAUGCAGGAGGAAGGGAAUGAUUUAAUUCCAUCUGUUCUACCAAACACAACUCCAGAAGAAGUUGUGCAAGAAUGGCUAAGUAAAAUCCCUUCAGAAGUAUUGCUUAUGAAAUAUGAAAUGGAGAAUGAUAUAGAAGAGGAAUGUAUAAAGGCAACCACUGAGGUAUCAUACUGUACAAAUGCUGAGGAAAUCUCAGAGGAUGAAAAAGUUGAGAAAAAGAAUGUGAAGGAGGCUAAGAAUGAGUCAAAGUUUGAAGUAGGAGAAGAGACAGCAGAAGGCAGUGAUAUUAAUGAAAAGCCUGAAGAAUGCGUGAAUCAGGAACAAAUCUCUGAGGUUGUGUCCAAAGCUGCCAAAGCUGACCAGGCAGAAUGCAGCCAGUCAGUUACAUCCAGCCAAAAUAACAGCAGAGACCUGCCAACCUCUGUCCAGACUUCUGUCCAGAUCAUGAAGGCCUUGCUCAGUUCAAAACAUGAAACAAAAUUUGACCGAUCAAACAGUUUGCCUGAAGUGUCCCCCACUAUGGGGAGAAAACUGAGUAACUCUGCCAACAUUUUGAUUACUUGUCUUGCUGGUAUCCAACUCCUUGAUGAAGACUCUGGAGAUCCAUCGGGUAAAUCAAAACAUUUGAGUAAACCAAAGUAUAUGAAGCUACUAAAUAUUUUUCAAGACCUGUGGUUUGGAUGCACAGCUGAAAAAAGUGGUCCAAAUUCAGGACAAGAGGCGAGUGAGCAGGCAAAAACAGCCUCUGGCUUUAAAGUCCCCAAAUCUGUAGAUUAUGGCUUCACUCCCAUGUCAUCCUCUGGGGUUGAUGUUAGCAGUGGUUCUGGUGGCUCGGGAGAAGAAAGUACAGCUUGUGCCAGAGACUGCACUUUAAUGGCACAGGAACUUACUGAAUUCAAAUCAUCUGGACAAGUGGAAAAUGUAGAGACUGUGACUGAAAUGACUGAGGCUGAGGAGCAAAGUAAAAAGAAAGGGAAGUCAUCCCGACCUUUGAGAGCCUGCUCAAAAUCAAAAGGUGAGAAAAAAACACAGUCUACUAGAGAGGACUCUCUAAAUCAUGAGGCAGAAGAGAAUAAGGACGCUGAGUGCAGUAACUGUGAAAAUGGUCAGAAUGAAGGGGAAACAAACGAAAACAACGAAAACAGCAAACUAACUGAAAAUAGAGAACAAGAAGAAAUUGAAGCCAUGAAUGAAGAACUCCCAGAAGAAAAUCUUGAAGGGGAAGCUGGUCAGUUAACCACUACUGAUGAUGCAAACAUCAAUAAUGCUGAUCGUGGGACAGAACUGAAAGCUGAUUUGGAAGAGCAGCUUGAAAAAGAGUCUCCAAAUGACCCAGAGCCAAAAGCUGAUGCAGCCACCUGUGUGGGCACAUCCCUUGUCCAGCAAAACUCAACAGAUCCAGACCCAGUCUGGGUCCUGAGACUGCUCAAGAAAAUCGAGAAGGAGUUCAUGGCUCACUAUGUGAAUGCCAUGAAUGAGUUCAAAGUCAGGUGGAACCUGCAGAACAACCAGCAGAUGGAUGAAAUGAUACUGGAGCUAAAGGAGGAAGUGAGUAAAAGGAUACAAAAAAGCAUAGAGAAGGAACUGAGGAAGAUUAAAACCAUGACAAGGAAGAAGACACCAAGGCCUCCGGAUGAACCACUCAAGCGUGAGCCAACACUUCAAACUGAGCAGAGGAGACAGCGAUUGCAAACUAUGCAUAAAAGAUCACUCUUUAGUGACAAGAGUGGAAGCCAUACUAGGCUAGAGGACACAUUAGACUUAUCAUUUGAUGUAGAUGAAGAUAUAGUAUUUAGUGCAGCUUUUGAGGCCAGUAUUGAUGCACAAACAAGUGAGGACGAAUACUGCCCAUGUGACUCUUGUGUGAGGAAAAAAAGAGCUUCAAAGCCCACAAGAAACCCAGUGGUGUCCAACAACGCCCCAGUCAUGAAAGCAUUUGAUUUACAGCAAAUCCUGAAGUUUCAGAAAAAUAAUGAGGAAGCCUGUGUCUCUGAAGCAGUCCAGGACAUCAGAAAAAUUCCCAGAAGUUCCAUGGUGGAAGCUGCAGAAAACGGCAAUCCAAAUGAGGAUGACGGUGAACUCCAGACAAGUGAAAUGAAAGUGGAUGACAAUGAAGAAAAUGAGCCAGAAUUAAAUGAAGUGGGCAGCUCAACAUUGAAUGGAGAUGGAGAAGGACCUGAAAUAUCAGAAAGUCAAAACUGUGAAAUGGAGGAUGAGGUUAAAGAUGAAGAAACCAAAGAAGAAGGAAAGGAAGAAGGAGAAGAAGUAGGGGAAGAAGCAAAAGAGAGAGAAGAAGAGGAAGCAAAAGAGGAGGAGGAAGAGAAA